AUGGAUCAGCCAAAAACCUCUGAGCUCAAUACAGAGAAGAACAAGCAUCUCUUAAAUCGAUAUGGAAUAGUUCCUAGCAGAGGGAAGCUUCUUCAUCACCAGUUAGAAGGCAGGAAAUAUUUCGAUUCGGGUGAUUUUGCCCUCAUGCAAGCUAACAGGUCUUCUGAUAUCGGUACUGUCGCAACUGGUAGCGAACACCCCAUUCGACGGGAUUUAUCGAUCCCUACUUGUUCAGUACCAGGCUCUAGCAAUCUCGAUGAAAGUGCCGAUCAGUGUUUUACAGCUGAGAAGAAAACUGGCGAGCUAAAGCUUACUGCUCACAGCCACCUUCAACAAGAGACGGAAGCCCAGCUAGAGAACGAGGGUCGUGAAACAAAGCAGGAACAUAACGUCUAG